GAACGGACUGAUCCCUCCCACAGAACGCUCUCACUCGGCCUUAUUUCAUCUCUCCAUAAAGUUACUUCACUUCUAUGUAGCCUGUACGUUUUAUCUUCCUUUUCAUUUCUCUUCCUUAUCUUCACACCAUCUACCACCAGGCCACCGUCAUCUUCUGUGUUCCCAUCUGUCCCCCACUCCUUAUGCCUAAAUAAUUUCAAAACAAUUGCUUCAUUUCUCUCUCUCUCUCUCUCUCCCCCUUCCACAGUCCACACCAUCUUCUUUCACACACGCCUGCACCUCUCCGGCUCUCCCAGACAUCUCAACCAUCCCAAAUAAACAAGUAUUUAUGAGAAAAUAAUUUUAAAAAAAGGAAAAAGAAACACCUCUCUCUUCUUGCUCUCCUCCUGCUCCCUUCUCAUCUCCUUCCUCCUACCGAACGAGGGGGAGAGCGAGGGACAAAAGAAGAAGAAAAACAAAAGAAAAGAAAACCAUAGCAUCGCUCUGCUCUCCCUCUUGCAUUAGGCCAUUAAGAGAACAGAGAGCAAUUAAAGCGUCUGUCUCUCUCUGUCUCUCUCUCAUUCUUUGACAAUGCCCGCCCUUUCCUUCUUCUUCCUCUUCCUGCUGCUAUUCUCCACCCCGGGAAUCUUGUCCACCACGCCCAUUCCCCGGCGGGCUCUGCACCUGCCCUUCUUCCCCCCGGGCGCGCCCCCGCCGGCCCCUUCCUCCUCCACGCCCCAGCCCUUCUUCCCAUUCUACUCCUCCCCUCCUCCCCCCGCCGUCUCAUCCUCCCCCGCCGCCGACUCCUCCCUUCCUGCCAACAUCCCCUCCCUCAUCUUACCCAAUUCCCAUUCUGCGCCUCCCCACCGCCCCGCCGCCGCCAAGCUCGUCCCCGCCGUCGCCCUCCCCCUCUUCGCCCUCGCCCUCCUCGCCUUCUCCCUCGCAUUCUUCCUCCACGGCCGCCGCCGCCGCUCCGGCGACAAGGCCGCUCGCUCCGACAGCAUCCGCCUCUUUCCUACCCGCUCCGCCAUCUCGGACGCCCGCAAGUCCUCGGCCGCCACCUCCGACUUCCUCUACGUCGGCACCCUCGUCAACCACUGCGGCGCCGCCGCCAACGCCGACGAGGACCCCUCUCCCGUCGCCGCUGCCCACGAGGACCCCUCCCCCGCCGCCGCCGGCCAGCCCAACGGCUCUCCCUACUGCAGGGUCGGUUCCCCGGAGCUCCACCCACUUCCUCCUUUAUCUCUCCAUGCCCACCGUCGGUACGGGAAUGCCGAUGGCGGGUGCUCCUCGGAGGAGGAAUUUUACUCUCCGAGAGGGUCUUCCGGCGGGAAGGAGAGUUCCGUGGGGGUCGUCGGCGGGCGCAUGUCGAGCUCGCGGCGGACCUUCCCCGCCGCCGCUGCCGCGAUGGAGAAAUGUGGGUCCCGGAGCUCGACGCUAAGCACGCCGUCGUACCCGUCUUCCGAUUCGGUGUCUUCUCCGGGUCGGUCGUCGCCGGCGAGUUCGUCGCCACCGGUCGGAUCGAGCCCGGGGCGAUCCAGCGUCAGAUCUCUGAAAACCAGAUCCGAGAAUGCCGAGGUUAUCGACUUUGGUGUCCCGCCGCCGCCGCCGCCUCCGCCCCCGCCGCCCCCCCGGCCGCUGACUCCCUCACCUCCAAAGAGGAAACUCCCUUCGCCCUCGCCGUCUUCUUCUCCGGUGGAGAAGGAUCAAGAUGGAAGCUUUAGGAUCUCGGACAUGUCGGGCCCAAAUUUACGAUCGCCACGGAGAAUUGGGGACUUCUCGAGGAACCCAUUGGUUGUUAACUCCCCGCGGAGCGAACCUCCGCCGCCACCACUGAGGCAAGCCCCACCGCUACCUUCCCCAUCGAAGCAAGCCCCCCCACCACCACCGCCUCCUCCACCGCCGCCGGUUGGGUACUGGGAGAGUCGGGUCCGAAAGCCACAAGCCGGCCAGCCUCCAGUUCUCACCCCUCCCAGACCUACUGGAAUGAAGAAUUCAUCAGCAGCGGUUUUUCCAGCCGAAUCGCCAGUGAAUUCGGAUCCAGUGGAGAAGAGUGAGGAGGCCCCUCGCCCAAAGCUGAAGCCUUUGCACUGGGAUAAAGUCCGGGCGAGCUCCGAUCGAGCAAUGGUGUGGGAUCAGUUGAAAACGAGCUCAUUCCAGGUAAAUGAGGAGAUGAUCGAGACCUUGUUUGUUUGCAAUGCAUCAAACACAGCCCCAAAGGAGACGAACAAGCGACAAGUCCUUCCUUCUCCAAAUCAAGAGAACAGGGUGCUUGAUCCAAAGAAGUCUCAGAACAUUGCUAUUCUACUGAGGGCACUUAAUGUGACCAAGGAGGAAGUCUGUGAAGCCCUAUUGGAAGGUAAUACAGAUAGCUUAGGAACUGAGCUGUUAGAAACCUUGCUAAAGAUGGCUCCAAGCAAAGAAGAAGAACUUAAAUUGAAAGAUUACAAAGAUGAGUCCCCAAUCAAGCUUGGUCCAGCAGAAAAGUUUCUCAAGGCAGUGCUUGAUAUACCAUUUUCUUUUAAGAGAGUGGAUGCAAUGCUUUACAUUGCUAAUUUCGAUUCAGAGGUCAAUUAUCUUAAAAAGUCCUUUGAAACACUUGAGGCAGCCUGUGAUGAGCUGAGGAGCAGCAGAUUGUUUCUGAAACUUCUAGAGGCGGUUCUGAAGACUGGGAACCGCAUGAAUGUUGGUACCAACCGUGGUGAUGCGCAUGCCUUUAAGCUCGAUACACUACUGAAACUAGUUGAUGUCAAAGGCACCGAUGGCAAGACUACCCUCCUGCACUUUGUUGUCCAGGAAAUCAUCAGAUCUGAAGGCUCCCGCCUCUCCGCUGCCAAAACCCAGGCAAAUACUCUACGAGAUGACCUUGAGUGCAGAAAGCUCGGCCUCCAAGUUAUUGCUGGUCUUGGGGGUGAACUUGGCAAUGUGAAGAAAGCAGCUACUAUGGAUUCUGAGGUGCUCGGCAGUUAUGUCUCCAAACUUGCUGGAGGGAUUGGGAAAAUAACUGAGGUCUUAAGGUUGAAUGGAGCAUUGAGUUCACAGGAAAAUAGCCAGCGAUUUCAUGAUGCUAUGAGUGGGUUCUUAAAGAAGGCAGAGGACGAGAUCAUAAGGGUCCAGGCGCAAGAGAGCGUUGCGCUGUCUCUGGUCAAGGAAAUAACUGAGUAUUUCCAUGGUAACUCAGCCAAAGAAGAAGCUCACCCUUUCAGAAUUUUCAUGGUGGUCAGGGAUUUUCUAGCCAUCCUCAAUCAGGUCUGCAAAGAGGUUGGAAGGAUAAAUGAUCGCACCAUUGCGAGCUCAGCACGCCAGUUCCCGGUGCCUGUGAAUCCGACACUACCACUGGUAUUCCCAAGGUUUCAGGCAUUAAGGCCUGAAAGCUCUGAUGAUGAGACUUCAUUAUCAUCGUAGGCUGGAUUCUUGGUGGCCUUGGCUGAUGCCUCUUUCAAGUGGAAAUUUUUGCUGGCCAUAAGCUGGAAGUGCAGUGCAACAUGGAAUCAGAUGCCGCUUAUUUAUAUUCUUUUGUACUUGUAGAAUAUUAAUGUAAAAGAUUCUUGGAAUUGUUUAUCCCUAUGUGUAUACAGAAGGAAACCUAGAUGAGAGAAAAAUAAGGCGGGGAAACUGGCUUCAUGGACUCUGGAUUAUGUACAUCUCUUGUAAGGUUUUUUCCCCCAAAAGAUCAAUGUGCAGUAAUCAAAGCAAAUUUCAGUUGUAUGGAUC